AUGGCAGAGAGCUCCAUCCCAACCAGUUCAUCUUCAGCUGAUAUGGCACCAGGUAAACAAUCACCACUUAAACUAUUCGGUUUUUCACUUAUGGAGCAAGGGGAAGUUUUCGAGAAGCCCGAAGAUUUCGAAGAAAACAAGAAAUUCGAGUGUCCAUUUUGCAACCGAGUAUUUGCCAAUUCUCAAGCAUUAGGGGGGCAUCAAAAUGCGCACAAGAGAGAGCGACAAAGGGCUAGGCAAGCCCAGUUUCACAGCCAUCAACGGUUCAAAGCAGCUGCUGCGCCUGUUUUGCGCCCUCAUGCGGUAAGGUCGAUGGCGCCGAGGUUUCCUACAGGAUUCACCAGCAGCAGUGCUGGUAAAUUUGUGCCACAACGGUCUGCUGGUCAUUGUCCAUCACGUCCACUGCUGCUUCCCUCGACUCCUAAUCGGUACCCUCCUCAAAUUUAUGUAGUGCAGCCGCUGAAUUUUACCGCAGCAGCCUCGGAAUUUAGUCGAGUUCCUAGCAAAUUGCCAAAGGCGGAGAUGGGCAUUGAUCUUCAUCUUAAACUCUCCCCUUCAGGUUGUUAG